AUGCCACAUUCCAAGCAACUUGACAUGGCGGACAAGGCCAGGAGAGAUCACCCUCUCCUAUGCACACAAAUCCGUCAAACACCUACCAGCACAGGCAAUGUCCCUUUUGGAGCAACCCCAAAGUGCUUAUCCUUCCCUGCUGUGCCGUGUGCCUCAGACGUCACCCCCACCGCACCAGUGACUGCUCCACCAUCCGCACAUGGAACGGGAAGCACAACACCUUUGCAGAAUGCAUCAACAAGGCUCUAUGGGCUAGAGAUGGACACCAGAUAUGCGCCACAUAGCAAUGAGGCAAGAGCUGCUCCGCUCCAGGACAUGACCACAAACAUAUGUGCGCAAGAUGUGGUGCCACCACACACGGAGCUCAAACAUGCCCUCAAGCUCAGAAGGCAGACACCUUGA